AUGCCACCAAACACUCGUAACUCCUGGCAACCGAGCAGAGCAGACCAAUCGGAGCGCGACCACACCCACCCGGGCCAAACGCCUGGAUCUCGGCUCGCCUGCUCCAGCGGUGGAUGGGCCGUGUCUGUGGCCGCUGGCUCAGACCUGUUGCUUCGCAGUUCCGCGUUGUGCAAUGGAUGGGAAGCGUGUGAGGUUAGCAUUAGCAUUAGCAUGGAAACGGGCCAUUUCCAAGUCAACGCCGAGCUCCAUCCCCACGACCUGAGAGGAUCUGAGGAGCUUCUGUCCAGCGUCUCCAACGGUCCCUAUAUCAUGAGCACCACAGCCAAUGGCAGCGACAGUAAGAAGUUCAAAGGAGAGAUGCGUGGAGUGGGCUCGCCCUCUCGAGUUCUGCACAUCCGUCGUCUGCCCUCGGACGUCACAGAGGCCGACGUCAUCGCUCUGGGUCUGCACUUCGGAGACGUGUCCAACCUGCUCAUGCUGAAAGCCAAGAACCAGGCGUUCCUGGAGAUGAGCUCGGAGGAGGUGGCUCAGAACAUGGUGGGAUACUUCUCCAACGUUCUCCCUGUGGUCCGCAAUCAGCCGGUGCACAUCCAGUUCUCCAACCACAAAGAGCUGAAAACCGACAACUCCCCGAACCAAGAGAGGGCGCAGGCGGCUCUGCGUGCUUUAAGCUCCUCCCACCUGGAACCCAUGGCCCCGCCUUCCAGCUCAGUGCUGCGUGUGGUGGUUGAGAACAUGGUGUGUGCGCCUGGGGCCGUCACCAUGGAUACGCUCUAUCAGGUUUUUUCAAAGUUUGGCACAAUUUUGCGGAUCAUCGUUUUCACCAAAAACAGUCAGUUCCAGGCGCUGCUACAGUACUCUGACGGACAGGCGGCUCAGGCGGCCAAAGUGUUGCUGGACGGUCAGAACUUGUACAACGGCUGCUGUACUCUGAGGAUCAGCUUCUCCAAACUCACAGCUCUCGACAUAAAGUUCAACAAUGAACGCAGUCGAGACUUCACCCGACCGGACCUGCCCAGUGGAGACACCCCCGCCAUGGAGCACCAGGCUGCUAUGGCAACCGCCUUUGCUCCUGGUCUGAUCCCCACUGCUCCGUAUCCUGCUGCCACUCACGCCUUCCCACACGCCUUCGCCAUCCAGCCCACAAUGUCGUCAUACCCAGGCCUGGUCUCUGCUCUCCCUGGGACCCUCACCUCUCUCUCCUCCCUCUCUCUUCCUGCUGGAUCCAGACUGGGCUUCACUACUCUCCCUGCAGCCAACGCAGUGCUGCUGGUCAGCAACCUCAACGCGGAGAGAGUCACGCCACACUGCCUCUUUAUUCUCUUCGGCGUGUACGGCGACGUGAUGAGAGUUAAAAUCCUCUUCAACAAAAAGGAGAACGCUCUGGUGCAGAUGGCCGACCCCACACAAGCCCAACUCGUGAUGAGCCACCUGACCGGGCAGAGGCUGCAUGGGAAGCCCCUGAGGAUCACUCUUUCCAAACACUCCAGUGUCCAGCUCCCAAGAGAGGGACACGAGGACCAGGGUCUGACCAAGGACUUCAGCACCUCCCCCCUGCACCGCUUCAAGAAACCAGGCUCCAAGAACUACUCCAACAUAUUCCCCCCCUCUGCCACGCUGCACCUGUCCAACAUCCCUCCCUCUGUGGUGGAGGAAGACCUGCAGAUGCUCUUUUCCUCGUCUGGAGCAGUCGUCAAAGCUUUCAAGUUCUUCCAGAAGGACCACAAGAUGGCGUUGAUCCAGCUGGGCUCCGUGGAAGAGGCCAUUGUGUCUCUGAUCCAGCUCCACAACCACGACCUGGGAGAGAACCACCACCUCAGAGUGUCCUUUAGCAAGUCCUCUAUCUGA